UUAAAGUUUUUUUCUUUUUUUCGAAGCAAACCUCCUCUCAAUAACCCAGCAACUCGGCUCUUCUGGAAAACACCCUCGAACGGUCCACUUUCAUGGCAAAUUGUGGUCCGAUAAUCGUCGAGCUAGGGCAAGAUCCAACGGCAGAGAAAUGCUGGAACGCGAUCGAGGAGAUUGUGAGAAUGGAGAGGAAGAUUUUCCCCAAACACGAAUCGCUUGCGAAAUCGUUUCGGGAGGAAUUGAGAAAGAGGAACUGCGGGCUGUUGUAUUCUCAGACAGAAGCGGGAGAAAUCGUGGGCUAUGUCAUGUAUGCAUGGCCAUCUUCUCUAUAUGCAUCCAUCACCAAACUCGCAGUGAAGGAAAACCAUAGAAGUCAAGGCCAUGGAGAAGCGUUGCUGAAAGCGGCAGUUCACAAAUGCAAAACAAGGAAGAUUAAGCGUAUAUCUCUUCACGUCGAUCCUUCCAGGAUUGCUGCUGUUUCUCUUUACCAGAAAUUGGGUUUUCAAAUCGAUAAAUUGAUUGAAUGUUAUUACACUUCUGAUCGAAAUGCCUAUAGAAUGUACUUGGAUUUUGAUGAUUAAUGCAAAAUGAUUUUGUA